CAGUUAUUUUUUGAAGGGAGAGAUAAUCUCUCGUCUAUUAACAUCUAAUUUUUCCAAUUGUUUGCUCAAAUUAAAAUUUGUUGGACUGCAUAAAUAAAACAAGCAAUUAUGGCAAACGUAACAUUUCCAGUACUAGAACCAUUUCAAUUUGAAAAAUUAAUUGAUGGAGUAGAAGUGAUAGAAACUGAAAAUAAAACAUGGCAUCAUCAAAUAUAUUAUUCCAUGGUUUAUUUAGUAGUUAUAUUUAAUUUAAGAUCAUACAUGAAAGAAAAAGAAGCUUUCGAACUGAAGUAUUUACUAGCUUUUUGGAAUUUUACAAUGGCAUUUAUCAGCAUAUUUGCUACUGUUCGUAUGUUACCCGGAUAUUUACAUCUGGUAUGGGAUUUUAGCAUGGCCUUCUCUAUCUGCGAUCAAAAUUAUGGUUUGCAAAUGAAUGCUUCCGUAUUUUGGGGAUGGCUUUUUAAGAUUCUUAAAAAUAUCGAAUAUGGUGACACUGUGUUUAUUGUGUUACGUAAAAGAAAACUCACCUUUCUUCAUUACUAUCAUCAUGCUCUAACUGCAAUCAUCACAGCUUUCGCUAUUGCCAACAGACUUCCUAUUGGUCAUGGAUUUAUUGUUGCCAAUUAUUUUGUUCAUUCGCUUAUGUACACAUAUUACAUGUUGGCUGCUUUAAAUAUAAAAAUACCAAAAUAUUGUAGCAUGGCAUUGACUUCUAUACAAAUUCUUCAAAUGCUAUAUGGUUGCUUUCUGUGUUAUAUGGCAUUUUAUUUCCGAGCGUUUAGAGAUGAUUGUAGAUUUCCUUUAAGACCAAUAUUUAUUAUUAUUGUAAUGUAUGUUUCGUAUUUUUUCUUAUUUGCACGAUUCUUUUAUGUCAAUUAUGUUUGUUCUAAAAAGAACAAAAAAGAAUAAACUAUGAAUUAAAGUAAUUUGAACAACAAAUAACCUACUUUUUCUCGUAAUCAAAUUCUUGUCUUCGAAAC